GUCUCCAAAGUGUCUGGUGUGAGAGGCCUGGUUGAAUGCGAAUGUCGAGAGACGAUUUUAAAAUUUGAAAACGGAGAGAGAGAGAUAGAGAGAGAGAGAGAGAGAGAGGGGAUAAUGGCAUCAUCGACAAGAGGAGGGAGAGGAGAUGUCAAGGGCUUCUUCAGGCAAAGGAAGAAGAGCGGCGGCAUCGCUAAGCCAAAAGGAAAGAAAUCCUCCCCAAUACACUCUGCGGCCUUCGGAUCCGACGUCGCUCAACCUCCUGCUGUCCUCAUCUCCCAUGCUUCUCUCGAUCUGACUGAUGAUUACGAUGAUAACGAGGAAAUGUUGAGGCAAUUCGACAUGAACAUGAAGUAUGGGCCGUGCCUUGGGAUGACAAGACUUGCUCGGUGGGAGCGUGCCCACAGUCUAGGUUUGAACCCUCCCAAAGACGUUGAGCGCCUUUUGAGACAGGCUAAGGUCCGCUCCGACUGCUUGUGGGAUGCUCGUGUUUAGCUUAUAGCUUAGCUCUCACCUUACCUAUUGUGUAUCGGCUGCUUUCUUACCAAGUAUCGUGUUGAUGUUGUUAGGGAUUUCACUGUUUCAGCGAAAUCAUGUUGUUUUUCUUUAAAGAAAGUGUCAUGUUGAUGUUUCGUUGAAUUUAAUUUGCUGUUGGUUGAUGUCUAUCCAAGUUUCAUGCCUUUUCAGUUCA